CUUGGGUCUCAAACCUACAGAGGCCAUUGAUAUGUGGACUACAGGUUUGCUCACUGCAGAAAUGCUCCUGGGGCAUGACCUUUUCCCUGCAGACUGCGAGUAUGAUCUGUUACGAAGUGUCAUACUCACACUAAAUGAGCUACCAGCAGACCUCCUAAACAUCGGAAAAUACACAAAGAAGUAUUUCACCAAACACGAGGGAGUCUGGAGCAUUAAGUCUCCAGAAACAUACAGAAAUGAAUCAGACAGCAAAUGUACUGAUAAAUUUAUCCGUUAUUUCAACAGUCUAAAUGACCUGAAACAUUACUACAAACACAAUAUUGGGUCAGAACAUCCAGAUUUGGAAGAGUUUUUGGACCUGUUGGAGAAAAUGCUCAGGGUGGAUUAUCGAGAGAGGAUUACACCCACAGAGGCUCUGAAGCACAACUUCAUCACCAGGAAGCACCUGGCAAACACAAACCACGAGAAAGAAAACUCGUCCGUUGCUCAGGUAUUGUGCACAAAUGACAAGGAAGAAGCUGUUGUUGAUCAAGAGAUGAUUGCCAACAGCAUCUCUGAGUACAAGAGGGAGGAUGAGACUGGAUAUUCCAGCAAGAGCUGCACAUGUAUAAAAAGUGAGGAUGAAACUUCUGGUACGGCUCAGACCUCUAAAUGUUAUGAUCAGUUCCUAAAUCAGAGCAAGUUAUACACGUACCUGGUUAAGAAUAUGAUAGGAGAGGGUGCUUAUGGGAAAGUUUUCCAGUGUACUGACAUGAGGACUGGAACUCCAGUUGCCAUGAAAGUUCAAACUAUUGAAGAUGCUGAAGAAGAGUUCAGCUGCAUGAUCAAACUGCAGGCACUCGACCCAGACGAACAUCAUCUGAUUCGACUUCUUGAAUGCUUCCCAUUUAAAGGAAAGCUCUGCAUGGUCUACGAGUUGCUGGACCAGAGUCUUUUUGACUUUGUGCAUGACAAAAACCAAACUCAGCCUUGAGGAAAUAAGGUUAAUCUUGGAACAGCUGCUGGUGGCCUUACAGC